UAUUGCUUCCCUUUUUUAGUGACAUUAGGCCACCGCCUAUCGCUUAUAAUACAGUCAAUGUGCACAGGCUUUUCAAAAUGGAGCAGUGAUUAAUGGUUCGUUGUGGGGGUCUCUGUUUAUCUUCUGCAGUUGUCACAUAUCAGUCUCGUUAUCUAACUUGGAAACCAGCCAGUAAAGACGAAAAGAGCUGGCCUUACACUGCAUUAUCUCCAGGGCUGUUUCUCUUAUCUUUAAACGUCCGAGUCUUCUGACAUAUAUGGAUAAGUCCGUCAUCCUGCCGCCUGACAAUACAGUCCCAAAAUAAUCUGAGAGACCACAGCUGAGCCCCGCUCGGCUCUGCGCGCUGCUCCGCCGACGCCGACGACCUGGGAAGGAAAAAAGCGAAAUCUACCUUCAGUAAUGACGAAAUUCAGUUACUCUGACUAUUUGUCUCAGUUCCGUUAUGCCGGUAAUAAAGCUGUGUCGCGACUGCGAGGGGAUAGGAGAGGAGACAAUGAGAGCGACGGCGCGUCAGAGCCGGAGGAUGUUGAUCCUGUGGUCUGUGCCAUCAAAAGAGGAGAUGUGGAAACUGUCAAAAAUCUGACAGCCUCUUCUCACUGGGUGCUGAAGGAGAACAAUGAUGGAUGGAUACCUUUGCAUGAUGCUGCCUACUGUGGACAGGAUGAGUGCUUGAAGACCCUUUUAAGGGCCCUUCCAGGCUCAGUAGACAAGCGCACAUUGCAGGAGCAGACGGCCUUGCUGCUUGCGGUGUCUUGUGAACACUUGGCCUGUGUGCAGUGUCUUUUGGAAGCAGGUGCUGACCCUGACAUCAGCAGCAAGAGCAAAGAAACACCUUUGUACAAAGCAUGCGAGCUUGAGAACAUAGACAUGGUGAACCUUCUUCUCUCUUAUGGGGCCACUGUGAACCAGCGGUGUGCCCAGGGCUGGACAGCCCUUCAUGAGGCUGUAUCGAGAAACAACACAGAGAUCUGUGAGAUACUGUUAAGAGCUGGGGCUAUAAUUAAUCCAUCUAAUACCUACACCAUCGCUCCACUGGUUGUAGCAGCUCAGCAAGGACAGAUGAGGACACUGUGUUACCUUAUUGAGAAAGGUGCAGAUGUCAACACGCAGACAUGCGAUGGGGUUACGGCGCUGCAUGAAGCGAGUAAAAAUGGCCACAUGGAAAUUGCGGCCCUUCUGUUGACUAAAAAUGCAGAUGCCAACAAACCGACAAGCUCAGGACUGCUGCCUUUGCACAUCGCUGCCCAGUAUGGACAUGACAAGAUUGUAUCUCUGCUCGUCUCGGUGACAAGUCGAGCCAUGCUCCGGCACAGUUGGAUCAGCCCCCUCCACCUGGCAGCAGAGCACAACAGACACACUGUAGCAGCUGUGCUACUGAAGACAGGUGCAGAUGUAAACGCCACACUGCCCCACAGCCACUCCAUCAAGUAUGCCGAUCGACGCACUACGGCCCUCUACUUUGCUAUUGCUAACGGCAGCACCGAAACAGCAGAGGUGUUGCUUAAUGCCGGUGCUAGUCUAAGCCUGGAUCCAGUCAGCCCUCUGCUGAUGGCUGUGCGUCAGGGUUGUGUCAGCACUGUGUCUUUACUGCUAGAAAGAGGAGCUGAUUUAAAUGCAAGCAUCCCAACAUGUACUACCACAUUCCCAGCUCUUGUUGCACUUUGUCAGAAUAAUCUGCCUCUACUCAAGUGCCUUCUGGACAAUGGCUGUGAUGCGCUCUCCUGUUUUACGUGUGCUUAUGGCAGUGCCCCUCACCCAGCUGCAGGACAAUCCGAUAUAAUAACUGCUGGCAGUAAUGGAUAUGCUUUGCAGAAUGGCAGCAUGCUUCCUCUAAAUUGCAAUGAGCCUUCAGAGAGGAUAACACAGUUCUGCGAGUGGAUCUCAACGCCAGUAAUGAGUAAAUGGGCAGGGCCAAUUAUAGACUUGCUGCUAGAGUAUGUUGGCCAUGUUCAGCUGUGCAGCAAGCUCACUGAACUGCUGGACAGCCGUGAAGAAUGGCACGUUGUCAAGAGGAAGUUGUUGUCACCAUGUCCACUGCUGCACCUCUGUAGAUUAAAGAUUCGGACCCAGAUGGGGGGACACAGACUGAGAUCCAUCACAAGCGUACCUCUGCCAAACAGACUGAUUAGAUACCUGAGCCACGUUGACUGACUUUAAAAUGAACCUCACGCAAUAUAGUCCUCAGAGAUAAGACUAUAUUUAUCUUCUUGUGGUUCUUUUUUUAGUCGUGUCUGAUAUCUUGAAUGUGUAAAUGUUCCUCUCAAAGAAAUUUUAUGUGUAUAAAUAUCUAUUUAUAAUAUAUGUGAAGUGACAAUAAGCCUCUUUAAUCUGUCCUUCAAAAUGUGUGUGUGUUUGUGUGUGUGCUUUCCCUUUGGAGAAAGCUUUAGCAAAAGGUAAAAAUGAUCUUGUGCCCAAAGGAGUUUUUAAGGGAAGUUGAAUCAUUUAUUUAAAAAUAAAAGUCAUUGUUUCAAAUGUGCCUAUCAAACAUUACUUUGACAAAGAAAGGCGAUUCUCAUACUUAAAAGAGGAAACUAAAACAGGAUGUUUGGAUUCAUUCUAUGACUUUUUUUGACUUAAAAAAGAACAAUCAUCCUCUGUAGACACCUAAAAGUAGAAACCUUUUUACCUUACUGUCAAUUUUCAGGCAUAAGACUGGCAUGAAAGUGAAGAUGAUGAAAUUAUUCAGUGCAAUUUAGUCCUUUAGAUUUAAAAGACAAAAAUAGAUGAAGCAUUUCAAUAAGUGCUGGAGGAAGUAUCUCGAUUUAAAAUGCUGAAAGAGAAACGCUGAAAGUCAUUAGUCCUAUUUACACGCGUUUUGUGUGAUGGGUUCAUUUAGUGAGUUAAUUAAAUGAAUCCAAACACACUGAAGAUUGGUGACUGAGCGGUGGGCUUGGUCGGUAUGGGUUUGACAACAACGUGCGUGUGAAUUUUCUGUCCAUAAGGAUGCUCGGAUCUCUCCGUCUCAGUCCCUGCUGCUUUGCUCCACAAUCCCAGGGGCGGAUGAGGGACAAAAAUGUGAUUGUGAAGGAUCUGGUGUCCGUGGUACUGGAAAGGGCAACAGCCGCACACACUCACGCAGUGGUGAGAGGUCACGUCCAGUUUCAGCGUCUCUUUAUCCGCCGAGCUGCGCCGGCUGCACGCAGAUAUUGCGGUCUUUGCAUCAUCAUCACAACUUCGUUUCCUCUUUUCAUUCUCAGUCCCCUCCGAUGUGCCUGCAUGGCUCCUUUUCAUUCCUAAAUAUGAGUGCUCCCUCUUGGUUGGGGUCAACUUAGGUUCCUCCCAAAAUGAGGCCGGUAGCUGGCGUUUCCUCAUAGGCACCUGCUCCACAGAGCUCCCCAGUUGAUCCACAUCCUGCGCACCAGAGCUGGCCUUUUCUGCCACACUCUGAUGGACAGACCCCAUCGGUUUGGCGCACCUAUACUCCGCAGACCUGUGUGUGUGGCAUCUUGGGACUCUGGAGUAUUUUUGAGAGAAGCGCUUCAGUUGUUUCUGGAGAUAUUUCCGGUGAUCCACGGAGCGCCUGCACGGAGCGGACUUAUCUAGGGCCGCCUUGAUGUCGCUGGAUGCCAAAUUUACAAAAUUUAGUAAAGUUUUGACCUCACUGUCUGCAUUUGCCAUA